GUCUGGUAGCAAUGUGUUGCCUUGUAGGUGCUUGACAUUUAAGUAAUAAUGUUAUCAAAGCAUUCAAUCUUAGGCACCUCAUUAUAAAUGUAAGCAAGCAUAUUAGUAACGAUUUUGCAUAUUUGUUUUAUUUUUGAUUUUGUUUUUGCAAGUGAGCAACAGGAAAUAACAAAAAAAUAUGGAAACAGCAUCAAUGAAAUUGUUUGCAAUUGCAGCCCUCGUGUUGGCAUUAAAUAGAGUAUCUUGGUGUCAGAAACCAAUAUCGGGUAGUGAGGCCAAUCUUUGUAAAUAUACACAGACGAAAACAAGAACAGUGCUGCGUAAAAAUGUCACAACUACCACAGAGUACCACACAAAAAGUUGCGGUAUACCAUCUAAGCCAGAGCUACAAUGCCCUGAAACAAGAGUUUAUUCAGUAAUAUACUGGUAUCCAGUUAAAAAAACUGACAAGUUUGAAGUUGUCAAAUGCUGUCCAGGAUGGUCAAAUUACGUUAUAAACGUGGGAUGCACGAAAAAGACUGGAUGUUCAUCAUCGUUACCACAGAAAGACAAUAAAAUGUGUGUCAUGGUGCGUGAAAAGUACAAGAUGUACAAUCGCGCGUAUUACCAACUCACUUCGCCGGCUGUUCCUAAGGAUAGCGAAAGAGCAAAAGAAAUUAUCUUCCCAACAAUUAACAAAUCUACGGAGGACGUCCUGACUAGAGCAAUGAUGGAUCCUUUCACGUCGCAUUGGUUCAAUAUUUAUUUUUAUGGAAUGUUGAAAAGAAACAACGAGACACAAGCAAAAGCAUGGAGCAUGUUUAAACAUCUUAAGUUUGACCAAAUCAGUGACUUUGUCACUAUUUACAAUUUUUUCAUGCCAUUACAAGAGCAAGUGCCACUUCCAUACUUCAAACUCCCUUCAAUGAAGCCUGGAUUUCGAAAUAUCGUUUAUAACGAAACCUGGAGAACAGACAAGUCGUUUGUUGAGCAAAGGCUGGCUGGCUUGAAUCCAAUGGCUCUUCAGAAAGUCACUAAAGACGGAAAAGUUGGUAUGGGUAUUGAAAAGCUCUCGAGUUACUUAAACAAAAAAUUCGAUUGGAACGCAGCAUUGAGUGAUGCACUUGGCGAAAAAGAAACGAUGCAAUCGGCUGUGGAGAAAGGCAAGCUGUUUGUUGUUGACUACCCCAUAUACCAUGACAUCCCUCAUGUACCAGAUAUCACUGACGAAGACCCGACUGACAGAAGAGUAAUGUUGAGAAGCAGCUCGCCUGUUGGUCUAUUUGCUGUUCGAAAGGACAGUACUGGCAAGAAUGAGCUCAAAGCUGUUGCAAUCCAACUUGAUUAUAAGCCAGAAUCUGAAGUACGAACUCCGAAAGAUGGCAGCAAGUGGAUGGCAGCAAAAGGGUUUCUACAGAUGGCUGAUUUUGCAGUGGUGGAGAUAUACGAGCAUUUGCUCAAGACGCACGUGCGCAUAGAACCGAUCUGCGUUUGCAUACACCGACAUCUUGCACCUACCCAUCCUUUAUACCAGGUGUUAAGAAUACAUUGCCGUGGCUUACUUCCGACAAACAGCUAUGGUUUUCCAAGGCUAACCAACGAGUUUAUGUAUAUGCACAGGUUGUUUGGAAUGGGACAUCUUGGAACACUUCAGAUACUCAAUGAAGGAUACAAGAAAAUGAAGUGGGAGGACAACGAUCUUUUAAACGAUAUCAAGGCCCGAGGAGUCGACGACCCAGAAAUUCUACCUUACUUCCCAUAUAGAGACGAUGGCAAAGUUAUUUAUCAAGUUAUAGAGUCAUUUUCAAGAGAUUUGGUUGAUUUAUUUUACAAAGUUGAUAAAGAUGUUGUCGAAGACUAUGAAGUUCAAAACCUUGUCAGCGAGCUAUCGGCUGAUGGAAAAGGAACAGUUGAUGCAGCGAAAGGAAGGAUCGUGGGUUUUCCAGCCAAACUUGAAAGCAGAGAGCAACUAGCAGGAAUUAUUAAAGCUAUAGUUUGGUUGGUGAUACAACAUGCAGCCGUCAACUAUCCGAUCAGUGCAUAUGGUGGAUUCACUCCUAAUAUGCCGACCAAGUUAUACGAAGAUCCUGAUCACCAUAAAUAUGGCAAAUAUGAAGCUAUGUUACCAAAAGCUCCAUUGGCAAUUCUCCAGAAUUUCGUUACACUGAAUCUUGGAACUAUGAGGUACGACAGACUCUUCGACUACAGUGAGAGUGUGGAUGAUGCACAAACCAAAUUGUUGCUGAUAAGAUACUAUGAUCAAAUGACCAAAGAGGUGCAACCAAUGCUCGAAGCGAGAAACAAAAAGAGAUAUGCCGAAGGACAACUCACCUACCCAUACAUGGAACCAAAAUGGCUACCUAACAGCAUUCACACAUAACUGAUGAAUAGAUAUGUAUUUGAAUCAAAACUCCGGUAUCAGACGAAAAUUGUAAUAUUUAAUCUUUUAGUUAGUAAUGCAUUGAUAUUAGCAUACUAAUGAUACUACUACUAAAAUAAUUAUAUUAGGCACUUCAAUUAUAUUUGCUCAUUUCACGUAGCCUUUAUUACCUGUGCCUUUAAUACCAUAGAAUAUUCUCAUACUUCUGCUUAGAAAGUAGUAAAGUGAUAAAUCAGUUGUGUUCGCAAAGUUUGAUCUCAAAGCUGUCGAAGCUUCUUGCUCCAUUAGUAUAGUGUGAAGAUUUGAAAUAAAGAGAAACUCUAUUUAGUAAGCUAUUUUGAACAAAUAGCUAUCUUUUUACUGGCCUUGACGGCUCGAUUUGGUUUGACUUGAUAAUUCGUAAAAAAUGUAAUUAGGUUUAAGGUUUUAGGUAGAAACUGAAGCGUCUAUGUAAUUUAUUAGUGGAGGGCUACGUGAAAAUCAACACUGUCAAACAUUUUAAAGUAGAUUCCCCUAUUUUCUCUCCUAUUUUUCGUCUCCUAUUUUCUCUUUAAAUCAAAACAGUCAACAAUUUUGCUUAGAAAAAUAUUAAUUAGGUUUAAGACUUUAGAUUAAGAUUAGAAUCUUAAGUAAAAAUUAAAGAUUGUUUGUAUUUAUCAGUGAAGGGCUACUUAAAAAUCAACACUAUCAAACAUUUUAACUUACAUUGGCUUUUUUCUUUAAUAUAAUGAGACCGCCUCCUAUAUUAUCCUUAAAUCAACACAGUCCUUUCUAUAUCUUCUUCUGAUAUAUUGCUCUUCUCACAAGACAUUCAUUAGGAGCCUUUAUUUCGUAAACAAAAACAAAUGUUAAACCGCUGAUAAAUUAAUCCAAGAGAGUUGACUAAUUUAGCCAAUAUAGCGAAUGAACGUAGUCAAGAAUACAUUAAUGAAAUUAAAUGGUGUUUGAAAAAAUUGAUUUAUCUGAAAAAUUCUUGCAACACAAGAAUCAUGCAUUGAGACCAACGUAACAGUCACUCCAGACCGAAUAUUAGUUUCUUAAUUGACUCAAGCCUAUAGUUAUGAUCGAAUAACUAUACCUACGACUUACAUAAUAAUAAUUUAUUGCUGAUGCUUUGUAAAGAAAAAUUUCCUUUAGGUUUUUCCCUUAAAGCAUCUUUGUUUUUCUUUCAAAAUCAUAUUAUGCUAACAAAUUGAUUAACACUUUCUAUAGAACAGAAGGUCUUUGCUUGGCAAAUUAUAGAAAAAAUAUACCAAGUUGGCAUGGGAUUAGUGUAUGCUAAAUCGAACAGACUUCUCCCAAAAAUGCUCAACGGUUAGCGAAUAUUUUACAUCUUCAAAAUAAAAUACAACAAUAGAACAAGAUAAUUACACACAUGAUAUGAAUCAUAGCAACCUGACAGAGUUCAGUUUUAGUCA